AUGGGAGAUAUGAAGUUGCAGGUUGAUCAGCUUGAGGAACUGAUAAAUUCUUGGGACAUAAAUGAAGAAGAUGUGCACCUUUCUAGUUCUGACUAUGAGUCAAGAAAUGAAGAAAAAUCUAAGCAUGCUUCUCUUUCUUUGAAUAUUUCCAGAAAGUGGGCACAAAGAGCAAAGGACAACUGGGAAAAGAAUGCAGAGAAAAAUUCCAAAUAUCUUCAUCAACUUGCUUCCUUCAAAUAUAAUUGUAACAACAUCAACUGUUUGAAUAUUAGUGGAAAUUUGUGUUAUGAUAAGGAGAAGAUAGCUACUGAAGCAACAAAUUUUUAUACUUCUUUAUUCAUGGAAGAUUUCCCUAUAAGACCAAGCUUUGAUAACAUUGAAUUUCCUUCUAUUUCUCUUCAGGAAAGUAUUUCUCUUGAGAAGCCUUUUUCUAAGGAGCAAGUUAAGAAUAUCAUAUGGCAUUUUGGCUUAAACAAAGCACAUGGUCCUGAUGGCUUCACAAUGGAGUUUUUUAAAGCUGCUUGGGAGGUAAUUAAAUCUGACUUAAUUCUUGUUAUAAAGGAGUUUGAAACUAGAUGCUCUCUUGCUUGGGGAGUUAACUGUACCAAUCUUAAGUUGCUUUCUAAAACUAAUGGUGCAAUUUCUCUUAACAACUUUAAACCUAUAAGUUUAAUUGGAGGAAUACACAAGAUUUUAUCCAAAUUAUUGGUUGAGAGAUUGAGAGUUGUUUUCCCUUCAAUUAUCACAAACUUUCAAGGAGCUUUUAUUCAUGCAGAAAAUGAUCUUCUCUCUGGCUUCCAAGUAGCCACUAAUGGAACUACUGUUAAUCAUCUACAAUUUGCAGAUGACUUAAUAGUUUUCUUAUAUGAUUCUGAAGAACAAAUCACUGCUCUGAAGAACAUUUUGUUUGCUUUUCAACUGGUGAUUGGGUUAAAAGUGAACUUCAGUAAAAGUGCAGUGAUUGGUAUUGGUGAUGACAACAAUGAAGCUCUUUGUACUUCAGUUUUUGGUUGUCAGCUUGUAGAUUUUCCAAUAAACUAUCUGGGAAUUCCUUUGGGCAUUGUGAAAUCUCUAGAGAAUAUCAUGAGAAGGUUCCUUUGGGGUUCUUCAGAUACUUCUAAAAAGAGAAGUUGGGUGGCUUGGUCAAAAGCUAAUAUUUCAAAAACUAAUGGUGGCAUUGGAAUUAAGAAGUUAAAGCUAGUUAAUAAGGCCCUUCAUUGCAAGUGGAUUUGGAGAUAUGGCAAGGAGAAAGAUGCUCUUUGGAGGAAAUUAAUCUUUGAGAAAUUUGGAGGUAACCCACUUUCUUUUUUCCCAAACAACAACUCUAAACCAAUAAAACAUAGUUUAUGGGCAGGAAUUUUGAAAGCAAGAGAUUAUGUUAAAGAUAACUCCACUCUAACAGUUCAUAAUGGAAAUAACAUUCUUUUCUGCUUUGAUUUUAAGAGAGAUCUAAAGGAAGCUGAAGUUGGAGAAAUUGCUCAUCUUACUCAGCUGCUUGAUGGCUUUGCUCAAACUAUUCAUUCUUGUAUGGCUGAAGAUACAAGAAAGUGGGAUUUUGGAGAUGAAUUUUCUGUUUCCAACUGUUACUCUUCCCUUGAUGUGGAUGGUUUCCUAUAUUUUCCUCAUAAACAGAUUUGGAAUCCUAAGAUAUCAUUGAAGGUAUCUUUUCUGGUUUGGACUUUAUGUCGUGAUGGUGCUCCAACAUUGGAUACUCUUCUCAGAGCUGGAUUAGUUAAUGACAGACAGUACAUUCUUUGUUCUGCAGAGGAGGAAACUCAAAAUCAUUUGUUCUUGCAGUGCCCUGAAACUAGAAAACUUUGGAAUUAUUUUCUGGAGAGCUUUGGUGUUAAAUGUGUUUUUCAGAGACUGUGA